UAUGUUAUAUAUAAGAUAAUAUUAACCGACAUUAUUGGCAUUAAUGUAAUGUAUACGAAUUUGAGACAGCAGUUGAAUAAAGAAGCAAAAAUUCGAACUAGUGAUGAUGAUGAUGUUGAAAAAGAAAUGGAAGAGAAAGAAGUUGAAAGGAGAGAAACUGUAGAGCGUUGUUUAGAGAAAAAUCAAAUACCAUCUACCUUAAACACUUCCCGCAAGCCACAAAAACCAAAGAUGCAACGUAAAUACAAUAUGGCACUGCAGCAUUUUUACCAAGCAGCCACACACAGUACUACUGAUGAUGUUAAAGCCAGACUGAAAGAUUUGUCAGACUCUGAAGAAGAAUUAUUUUCCAUGGAAAAAGAAAAAGAGGAGUAUUAUGAAAUGGACGAGAAAAAUUCGGACAUGAAUGACAACACAUAUUUUACAUUCAAGAAAAACAUGAGUGUGAAACGUGUUAAACCUGUUGGUGUAUGCACAUUGCGGGGAUGUGGAAUGUUGUUGCUAUGGCUAUUGUUGUUUUUAUUGGGUGUUUUAAGUGCAACAUACUUCUUACAGAUGGCAAUUGGUAAAAUAAAACCAAGAAAUGAAUAUAUUAGUUACACAGUUUAUGGAAGAUAUAACGAAAGUAAAAAUACGAAAAUUAAAUUGACUAAUUAUUCCAACCAUAGCUUGAAAAUGUGUUCAGAUUUUCAUGUAGAAAAAGUAUGGCAUCAAACAUAUGAGAAAUUUCAAACUGAAUCAGCCAUACGCUUAGUUGAUGUUAAUGGGGAUGGUGUGGAUGACAUCAUAUCUGGUUUUGUUACAAGUUUAGAUGGCUACGGUAAGAUUGGCGAUCGUAAAAAAGUAUGUGAAAAGUAUUUUAAUGGUAUUUUUCCAUGUUUUGGUGGUAUUGUAGCAAGUGAUGGAAAAACAGGUGACCAACUCUGGAUUCAUUACUCUUGGCAUGAUGUUUAUGCCCUAAACUGCAAUGGGGAUAUCGAUAGAGAUGGUGUAGCUGAUUGUUUAUGUGCUGGCCGGGGUGGCGUAUUUGAAGCUGUUAGUGGUAAAGAGGGGAAAAUGUUAUGGGUCUUUCUUGAUUCACAUUUUCGUGACGAAAUGAUGAAUUUGUAUACACCACAGUUUAUUAAUGAUAUCGAUCAUGAUGGCGUUAUGGAUGUUCUACAAAUUCAUGGUGGUGACCCUCAAGCAGAGCCUUUCAGUAAAAAACGACGUGCUGGAAAAAUACUGUUUCUAUCUGGGAAAACUGGGAUGGUUCUAUCAUCACAAGAAAUCCCAGACAACACCGAAUCAUACUUUUCACCAGUUAUCUACAACCUGAAAAAUGGCAGCGAAGUUGUGAUAUAUGGUAAUGGUGGGGAAACACAUAAAGGGAGUUUGUUUGGAAUUCUGCUCAAGGAUUUAUACAAAGGAGAGGUGAAGAAAUCAUGGAAAAUACUUUCAAACAAAAAGAAAGGUUACAUGAAUCCGCCAAUAUUAGUUGACAUCAACAAAGAUGGCGUCGUAGACAUAAUCAGCGCGGGUUUUGGCGAGUUCAUUCAAGCAGUGGACGGCCAGACGUUUCAAGUUCUGUGGACGUAUUCAGCUCCUAACUCGGAAACGUAUUCCAUUCCUGGUGUGGGAUAUUACAAUGAAGAUGGCGUAGUUGAUUUUAUCAUUCGAAUUAGUGUCGGUACCGGCUUUCCAGUAUAUUUCUACUCCAAAGUUGUUAUUAUUGAUGGAAAGAACGGUCGACCUUUGACGAAACCAUAUAAAACAUCUGCCCCAGCACACUCCUCCCCGUUGUCGGUGAGUAUGGAAGGCACUGGUAAUGAUUUAUUUGUAUACUGGUCUGUUGACUGUAAAGAACACGAGCACGAAGGAGGAGCGUACAAAUUUGUGAAAGGGACGAAUGUGCAUGAGAGCAGCCGCGCCGAUAGCUGUAUGCUGCGAUACAAUACGAAGAGUUUCAGCAAGUUGUAUGUCAUGAACAGAAAAACUGGAUUUCCAGGAAAAGAGAUAUACUUUUCCGACGACUACUUUAAUAUCGAGCACGGGAUCUACAGAAGACAUAUCGGGAUUCCCGAUCACGGUGGCGUUCAGCGCGUACUACAAACCGGCUCCAUCGUUCCUUCUUUAAACGUAAAUACUUCACACCAGUUGAGUGAGAGUUUUGACGUGGUAUUUGCAAUGUAUUUCAUCACACCGCCUGCUGUUCGAGCAAUACUACCAUCUGAUGUCAAAUGUAUCAAAGAUUUUCGCAGAAAGGCCAAAAAUGGUCAAAAGACAAACACGGUUGACAUUGAUGAAAACCUCCGCUUGGGUAUAUACGAUGAGGGCGACUCGGCUGUCAAUUUCUGCCUAGGUAAGCGUUUAAACGGAACAAAAUUCGACAAUCAAGAAACAGCGAACAAAAAGAACUUUAACACGGGUAAACUAACAUUUUAUCGUUUCAAAGUUUCUUGCAAGUGUGAACACGGAGAAAAAUGCGCUAAAGUCUUGCCAAAGAGUGAACAAGGUUGGACUGGAUACAUGGGCUCACUUGCUAACGGAUAUUUUAAUCAAAGACCUAAAGGGCGUUUUGAAGUGAAACCCAAACCAUUAUAAUUAUUUCCCGAAUACACGUGGUUCCAUGGCCACACAUGACAUUGCGUGAUCUUAUGCCCGGUCAAUGUUAAACCGCGGAUGUGCCACAAAUGUUUGAUAUUACAUGUAGCACACAUAUUCCAACCGUUUUUUCUGGUCUAUACGUCAUAUGUAGAAUCUUAUUCACGCGUAUAUUUUUGAUAAAGCUACUGUUACACUUGACAUUCUUUCAUCAAUUAUAUCUUCUCUUCACAUAUUAUAUAUUUAAUAUAUUUAUUCAUUAAUUUGUACAUAUUAGCUAGUUUGGGAAAUAUUUGUAAGUUUAUAAAAAGAAGAUUUUUGACGA